GUGCUGGCUGGGAGUUUGACAGUAGAGGCAGCGAGCUGGAAGCUCUGUCUAGUGGGAGGGAUAGAGAGAGGCAGCGUGAUUUUCUUACCUUGGUGUACAGCAGCUUGAAUUAAAGUAACGUAGCAGCCGGGGACCUUUCUGACGGAUGAAUCUCAUUCUUAAAGAUGAUAAACGCUCCGAUUUUCUUUUAAGGGGAAUGAAAUCGUAACACACCAGCGAUAUAACGCGUUCUACAAACGGAGAGCACAGCGGUCGUGGAGAGACAGAGGGAGGAUGGGCUCUGUGGGAGCUGAGAGACGGAAGGGAGGCACGCCUGCCAUGACUCCAGAUGAGAACGUGGUGAUGAGUUUCAGCUUCGAGAGCUACCAGCUGGAGGAAGAGGACAGCCUGGCCAAAGACAUCCCUGACAAGGGGAUCCUCACCUUCACUGAACCUGCUUUUGAAGACCCUGAGCCAGAAGACCGGUACCAUGGGAUCUACUUUGCAAUGCUUCUCGCCGGAGUGGGGUUCCUGCUGCCAUAUAAUAGCUUUAUCACUGACGUAGACUACUUGCAUCAUAAAUUCCAAGGAACUUCUAUCGUAUUUGAUAUGAGUCUCACUUAUAUCCUGGUGGCCCUGGUGGCUGUGAUACUGAACAAUGCCUUGGUGGAGAUGCUAAGCCUGCACACCAGAAUAACUGUAGGUUAUCUCUUUGCCCUCGGACCCCUCCUGUUCGUGAGUUACUUUGACGUUUGGUUGGAGAAGUUCACGGUGAAGCAGGCCUACGCAGUUAACCUGCUGGCGGUGGGGGUGGUAGCUUUUGGGUGCACAGUUCAGCAGUCCAGUUUCUAUGGCUACACAGGGAUGCUGCCCAAGCGCUACACUCAAGGGGUGAUGACUGGUGAGAGCACUGCUGGGGUGAUUAUAUCUCUGAGCCGCAUCUUCACAAAGUUGCUGAUCUCCGACGAGAAGAUAAACACCAUGACCUUCUUCUGCAUUUCAAUCGCUAUGGAGCUCUUGUGCUUCAUACUCCACCUGCUCGUGAGGAGGACCCAUUUCGUGGACUACUACACCAGUCGCUCAAAACAAGGGAUCGCAGAUGUCAGGGGUCACACAGACCCAGGGACAGGCUACCUAGUCCACCAUGACGUCAUUACAGAGGAAGUAAGAUUUAACGGUCCGGUGGGAAUCUCACCCACCGAAGUUGGAACGGAGGUGGAUCUGGCCGGCGGUGGUUCGUACGUGAGAUUCGAUGUUCCCAAGCCGAAAAUAAAGAGGAGUUGGCCUAGUUUCAGGGACAUGGUCCUGCACCGAUACAUUGUGGCCCGCGUUAUUUGGGCCUACAUGCUCUCCAUAGGUAUGACUUACUUCAUCACACUCUGCCUGUUUCCUGGCCUUGAAUCAGAGAUCCGGAACUACACUCUGGGGGAGUGGCUGCCCAUCCUGAUCAUGGCUAUUUUCAACAUGUCGGACUUCGUCGGCAAGAUCCUGGCAGCUUUGCCCUAUGACUGGAACGGGACCCGCCUGCUCCUGUGCUCCUGUGUGCGAGUGGUCUUCAUCCCCCUCUUCAUCAUGUGUGUGUACCCCAACGGGAAGCCAGCCCUUAGCCACCCGGCCUGGCCCUGCAUCUUCUCCCUCCUCAUGGGCAUCAGCAACGGAUACUUUGGGAGCGUGCCUAUGAUACUGGCGGCUGGGAAGGUCAGCCCAGAGCAGCGAGAGCUGGCAGGCAACACCAUGACAGUUUCCUACAUGACUGGCCUGAUGCUGGGAUCUGCCGUUGCCUAUGUUGCCUACAGCCUCACCAGCACCGCGAAUGGCAGCUGCUUCCACACUGAAACCAUCAAUGGCUCUUUCACCUCAGGAUACUGAGCGUGCAGAACAUCCCUCCCCUGAUAACAUCAGCCAUUAACAUUGACCGCAGUGUAUUACUAGGACUGAGAAGUACAAAGGCUAGUGUAGAUAAUAAUAAACACAGAAGGUUGGUUCAGAAGCUGGCGUUUGGUUGGAUUAAAACCAACGUGAACCUUUAAAAAAAGAAAAAAUUGAGUUUUGAGUCCUGCUUGUGCUUUGUUGUGCUGCCAUUGCCUGGCCUUGUUGUUAUGCGCUGUGGUACGUGGUGAUGUCAUUCUCCAUUUCAUGUUGCCUGGAAACCAGGAAGUCACUCUUUGUGUAGUGUGUGCGCAGUGACAUUACCACUUAUAAUGUGGCAUCAUGCUGCCUUGAUAUUUUGAUUUCAAGUUUUGGAUACUAGUCAGAGUUUUGCUGAUAAUUCAGCAACACGAAAGCUAGCUGUGUACUCAGCAGAAGUUGAGAUUGAAUGUUUAACAGCUGCCUCAGAGAUACAAAUGGAAAAUUAAUUGUUUUUACCACCUGCAACCAUUUUGCUUCUGGAGACUCCAAAUCUGCAGCAAACCUCCUGAAUUAAAACAAAUGGGCAAAAAUAAAUCCUCAAAAAUCCCUACGCCAAUGUGAAAUUGAAUAUUGUGGUUUUCCUAGUUUGAGACAUAAUGAAAAUGAUUACACCCUUUUUUGCAUGCAAUUUACAAGGGGAAGGUACAGAUAAAAAAACCGGUAUGGAACAGGGCACAUGUUCUGAAACACAGAGCAUAUAUUUGUUAUACAUUUCCCUGCUUCCUUUAGCGUCAGAAACUAUUGAAACUAACACAUUUUAAACUGUGUUGCAGCAGAAAUACAGAAGAAAAAAGAUGAUAAAAAUGCAUGACCAGGUCAGGUUCAGGAACUUACAAUAGACCAGUUCCCAUGUUUUCUGGUUCCCCAGUCUGCCUCUACACUUUACAUUGUGUGAAUCAUCGUUAAGCCAGUCAGAAAGAAAUGAAGGACAGCCUGGGGUCUGUGGCUUCAGGAAGGCUGAUAUACAGCAGGCUGUGUGGUCCAGUGGUUAAUGAAAAGGGCUUGUAACCAGGCGGUCCCCGGUUCAAAUCCCAACUCACUCUGCAACCCUGAGCGUCACUUAACCUCCUUGUGCUCCGUCUUUUGAGUGAGACGUUGUUGUAAGUGAUUCUGCAGCUGAUGCAUAGUUCACACAAACUAGUCUCUGCAAGUCACCUUGGAUAAAGGCGUCUGCUAAAUAAACUAAUAAUAAUAAUAUAGACCAGGCUUUAAAAAAGGGAGAGGGUAAAGGUUGAACAGAAUAAGACUGGUGCAUUAGCCAGGUGAGCAGUACGGUAGCUUUUCAGAUUGGAUGCUGUGCAGCAUACCUUUCAAGGCUGGCCGGCAGUGGAUGAGAAAUAUUGAAACCAGCAGCAAUUCAACGUCCCUGGAAAGUAAAGAUCUGGUGGUACCACAUCAGGAGACAUCAGCUCCAGAGUUAGAAACUGAGCCGUCAUUCUUGUUUGUAAUAUGUUAUUCCCCUUUCAAAUGCGCUAGCACAUUGCUUCCAGUCUCCAUGCCUCUCGUAAACUUUCCGUUUAGCUGUGAUGUUUUUAUAAUAUCCGGGUUGUGCGGGCUGAAAAGACCGUGUCCACGGUUCUUUGUAAAAUGUGGAAUUAAAUCACGCUUCAUGGAAGUAAGAAGUAAUGAUGCUGCCAGUCUUUUUAAUACCUCUCAAGGACAGCUGCUUUGAAUACUCUCCAAACCUUAAUAACAUCAGUACUAGGUUAAACAGAUUCAUUCUGCAAGGUUCAUUACAGUAAAUUGAAGUGUGACGGAGUGGGCUCACCAAUUUAUAUAAAAUGUUGCGUUCUAAAAGAAUUAGUGUAAUUACAUUGAGUUCAGCCGGGACUUGCCUUGAGUUAAAUAGGGUGUUGCUCUCAUCAGAGCUCUUUCCAGAGAGAUUGGACUGAGAUUUAUAAAUCUGUGCAUGACAAAGGCAUUCCUGUAACUGUAAAUUACACUAAUCAAAGAGCUGGAUUCAUUCAGGGUCCCCCAAGCUGGAAUUUAGCAUGCCCUGAAGAUGAUUCAUGCCCUCCUCUCUGCUUGCACCCCAAUACAGUCUAACAUGGUAGAUUUGCACUUUACCAUGCUUGCAUCCUAUGCUUAUACUGUGCAUUAAACUCUGUUUUAUUGUGUGUUGUAACAAUGCUCACUACCUCACUGUGAUUCCACAUGCUUUUGCUAUGCUUUGUAAUUCUUAUGCUACAGUACACUUUUAUCAGUUAAAAUAGGUAAAAACACAUUAAUUCUUGUCAUGGCCACUACUGAUGGAAUGGCAUAUGUAACCCAUAAGCCUAUAGAUAGGUGAAGCUCUACAGUAAAAUAGUUACAGUUAAGCUGGGAACUGUUUUAUUUUUAAUUUAUUAAUUACAGUAAUAUAAUCCACAUGUCUUAUUUUAGGGGGGGCAGUUUUUUCUUUUUGUCCUGUGGCUUGCUCAUGACAGAUGAACUGUAAAUGUAAAUACAAACCCAAAUAUUUUUCCUUCUGCCAAACUAUACUUUUCAAGUACCAAUCUGUAUCAUGGAAAAAACACACAUUGUAACUUCCUGAGGUGAGUCUUGCUGACUGGCAAAUGAGUGAUGGGCGGUCGAUAGGUUAGCACUGGCUUUGAGCUCCUGGGCAAACACAGACGUCAGUGUUUGUGAAAUACCUUCCUGUAGUUUAAAUAAGCACAUUUACUUUAGAAUGUAUUCCUGGUUAAAAAAUGAAGCCUGGUCAUUUUGAUUUGUGUUCACAGGUCAGUUCCCAGCGGACAGCAGCUUGCCCUGUAUGUGUUGUCUUGUUUUGUCAGCUUUAUUUUGCCAUGUUUAUUUAUUUAUUUUAUUUUAUAUUGCUAAAUGAAAUUAAAUGGUUUUGUAUUGCUCGUACAGGUACAUCUGUAAAGGCG